GGGGCAGUUGCAAGAGCUCUUCCCUCCAAGCCCAGGUUCUCCCCAUUGCUCUCAGCAAGCAGCCAGUGUUGAGCUAUGAAGAGGGGAAAGUUUCUCCUUGCAAAUACGACUUUUAAAGUCAUAUUUCAACUGCAACAGUGCUCCCCCACAGUGGCCAUAAAUCUGAGGUCUUCUGGAACCCUCUGUACAGGAGGAGAUGGAACCUUACCAAGAGUCAUUGGAGGGCUCAAAGCAAAGGAGAGAGUGGCUGGUUGGACUGUCCAUUCAAAAUUAUCUUCAGGCUCUGACCAGUUUUCUGCAGCAUGUGACAAUUGGAAGAUGAAAAAUGGGGGGAAACCCAGCAGAGGACUGUUAGGAGGUGACAGAUGGAAAAAGAGAAACCAGAAGAGACUAAAACCUGGAGCAGAAGGGAAGAGCAGGAGUGGAUCACCUGCUUCUCAACACGUAAUGAAUCAAGAAAGAGAGAAAAGCCUGUGCCCUCCUCGUAGGAAAGGCUUGAGUCUUGAGCCAAGCUUUGAACCUCAGUAUGAAAUGCACACAGAGAAGAAACUAUGUGAGAGCUUGGAGUGUGGAAAUGGCUUCAGCACAGGUGGAGCUCUUACUCUGCACCAUAGAACUUGCACUGGGGAGAAGGCACAUAAAUGCUCUGUGUGCGGAAAGAGCUUCAGCCGGAGAGGAAAUCUUAAAAAACAUCAUAGAAGCCACACUGGAGAGAAACCACACAGAUGUCUGGAGUGUGGAAAGAGCUUCAGCCAGAGUGAACAACUUACUGUACACCAUAGAACCCACACUGGAGAAAAACCAUAUGAAUGCUUGGAGUGUGGAAAGAGGUUCAGCCAGAGUGGACAUCUUACAUUACACCAUAGAACCCACACUGGAGAAAAACCAUAUGAAUGCUUUGACUGUGGGAAGAGAUUCAGCCUCAGUGGAGAUCUUACAUUACACCAUAGAACCCACACUGGAGAAAAACCAUAUGAAUGCUUGGAGUGUGGAAAGAGUUUCAGCAGUAUUGGACAUCUUGCUGUACACCAUAGAACCCACACUGGGGGGAAACCAUAUGAAUGCUUUGACUGUGGGAAGAGCUUCAGCCGGAGUGGACAGCUUACAUUACACCAUAGAACCCACACUGGGGAGAAACCAUAUGAAUGCUUGGAGUGCGGAAAGAGGUUCAGCCAGAGUGGACUCCUUACAUUACACCAUAGAAGCCACUCUGGCAAUAAACCAUAUGAAUGCUUGGAGUGUGGGAAGAGCUUCAGCCGGAAUGGACAUCUUGAACAACAUCAUAGAACCCACACUGGGGAGAAACCAUAUGAAUGCUUGGAGUGUGGGAAGAGCUUCAGCCGGAAUGGACAACUUACUGUACACCAUAGAACCCACACUGGAGAGAAACCACACAAAUGUCUGGAGUGUGGGAAGAGCUUCAGCAGUAGUGGACGACUUUCAUUACACCAUAGAACCCACACUGGGGAGAAACCUUACGAAUGCUUAGAGUGUGGGAAGAGGUUCAGCUGGAGUGGACAGCUUACAUUACACCAUAGAACACACACUGGGGAGAAACCUUAUGAAUGCUUGGAGUGUGGGAAGAGCUUCAGCCGGAGUGGACAGCUUACAUUACACCAUAGAACCCACACUGGGGAGAAACCUUAUGAAUGCUUGGAGUGUGGGAAGAGCUUCAACCGGAGUGAGUAUCUUAAACGACAUCAUAGAACCCACACUGGGGAGAAACCAUAUGAAUGCUUUGACUGUGGGAAGAGCUUCCGCAGUAUUGGACAACUUACUGUACACCAUAGAACCCACACUGGAGAGAAACCACACAAAUGUCUGGAGUGUGGAAAGAGCUUCAGCAGUAGUGGACGACUUUCAUUACACCAUAGAACCCACACUGGGGAGAAACCUUAUGAAUGCUUGGAGUGUGGGAAGAGCUUCAGCCGGAGUGAGUAUCUUAAACAACAUCAUAGAACCCACACUGGGGGAAAACCAUAGUAAUGCUUGGAAGAGCUUCAGCAGGAGUCAGUCUCUUACUAGGCAUCAUAGAAUCCACACUGGGGAGAAACUAUUUAAAUUGCUUUGUGUGUAGAAAUAUCUUCAGAUGGAAUGAAGAACUUAUUAUACAUUAUAGAAACCAUGCUUCCAUUGUGGAAAUGGCUUCAGGAGGAAGCAAUGCCUUAUUGCAUAUGUGCAAACUCAUACAUAUGAUAAAUCAUACUAUGAAACUGCAUGAAAAUAUACUAUGAAACUUCAGACAAGCCUGGGAAACUUCCUCAUUUGUGUAAAAUAUAAAACCUAGUAAGAUUUCUCCUUUUGAUUCUUUAUUUUUCCCUUGUUGCUUUUGACAUGUCUUGGGAACCAGUGUUGUCAGAUGUGUAUUUUGUGUCCGUGUUAUGUAUAAAUUUCCAUAAUUAGCUCAGUUAA